UGGACCAUCGAUCUGAAUACCAUUAUGAGGGAAAUUCAUUGGAAGCAAUCUUAUUACGUCAAUUGUAUUGUGUUGCUCCUUUCAUUGCUUGCACAAUACAGUUUGUUAGAUAAAAAUGAGAACACCACUUUCACGAGAUUCCAUUCUACUGAUAUUGAUCAUUAGCUUGUUCAAUGGUGUAGCCAAUCAACCGUUACAUCUUACUCCAUACUUGGAACAGGGUAACAUAGAAACAGCCAGGAAACUAAGUCUCGUAGAUGACCUCACUAAAGUUAUACCGACCAGCUAUUCCGGAUUUUUAACAGUGGAUCAGCUCCUUAAAAAUCAUUUGUGGUUCUGGUUUAUCCCAGCCAUGAACUCUGACCCCAAAGCUCCACUUGUGAUCUGGUUAACUGGUGGCCCUGGCUGCUCUAGUGUGCUAAACAUGUUUUAUGGUAACGGGCCUUUGAAACUGACCAAAGAUUCUAUCGGAAAAGAUGCCUACGAGAGGCGGAUCAAUUCUUGGGCUCAGACAUUUUCAAUGCUGUAUAUUGACAAUGUUGUUGGUGUCGGUUACAGUCACAGCGACAGUGGUAAAAGAGGUAUAAAGACAUCAAAGAACGACUACACUCAACAUUUGUACGACUUUACUCAACAGUUCUACGUAAUGUUUCCGGAGAUGAAACAAAACGACUUGUACAUCGGAGGGUCGGGUUUUGCUUUGAAAUAUGCUGCAAGUGUCGCCUAUAAGAUCCACGAAGACAUCCAAGCAAAUCGUUCCAAUAUUUUACUUAAGGGAGUAUACGCGGGAAGUCCACUGAUUGACGCCAAAACUCAACUGAGACAUUUCUUUCAGUACUACUACUCACUGGGUAUUAUCACAAAUAAGGAGCUAGUAGAAUAUACCAGGGAAACUGAAACUAUUCUAGUUCGGAACGAGAAAACCCAAGUUUUGGACAUCAGUUUUUUAGUCUAUACAUUGUCCAAUCUCUCGCUGGAGAACAUUAAUACAUUCGCUUGGUCCCCGGAUGUCGAAAUCGGAAACAUCAUGUCAGCGGACACUAUGAAGUUUUUAUUACACGUAGGAAAUAACACAUUUGAACUAUGCAGUAGUGACGUUUACAGUCAGUCAGCCCUUGACUUUUAUCUCCCCUUACCAGAAUUAGAGCUGGUGACGCUGCUAGAUAACUAUAAGGUCUUGUUUUACACCGGUGUCUUUGAUGGUGUCAUUUCAUCCCCUGGUCUUGAAGCAGUUCUGAUGGCCACGCCCUGGUCAAUGCAGUCUGCCUACAAUGCUGCUCGACGGACUCUCUGGCGAGACGAUGAUACUGUUAAAGGUUAUUAUACACACGUUGGGCACUUGUGCAGAGUUGUCCUCCAUAAUGCUGGGAUGUAUAUGUCAAAUGACCAACCGGAAAAUACCGUGCACAUGAUGGAGGAAUUUUUUCAAUAUGGCUGCAUAUUAAAUACAUCCCAUUAAAUACUAGUAAGAUGAAUGUUUUCCUACAAGCAUAAUAAAUUAUUACCUCAAAGACAAUAUUCCACAAUAUGUAUAAAUAUUGAUUUGUUACGUUCUCAUUACAUCUAUGUAGUCGUGUAUUUGUACAGUAAACCAUUUGCUGUUUGAUAUUUAAAUACAUUUUUGGUUUAAUUUUCAUUAGAUUUAUAUAUUUGAAUAUUUGUCCUGUAUUUUUUUUUAAA